AUGGCGCCUAGAAGCAUCCUUCAGCAAGCCGGGCUCUUUGCCCUGGCCACAGGCGUUCGCGCUGUGCCCUUCCUCUCCGAGGCCCAGACCACCGUCACCUCGGAGCCAGCUUUCACACCCUCCGCCGUUCCCGUCACAAACGUGACUUCGCACGGCCCCUACACCGGCCCCUCGCCCACCACUACCGGCGCCAUCUCGACCAGCGUUCUCGCCUCCGCGAUCCCCGCGCUGCCCCCGGCCGACGAUGCCUACGACUACCCGGCCGACGGCAAGCUCCACGGUGACCAGCCCGCGCCGUACACCCCCUCUGGCGGUAUCGGCACCAACGGCUCCGCCCCCGUCUACCGUGUCCAGAGUGACUUCGACUACCAGUCGCUCGCUCUAGCCUUGUACCAGGAGUACAUCGAGCUCGACCUCUUCCACUGGGGUCUGGCCACCUACCCCGUCGAGGACUUUGAGGAGCUUGGUCUCAACGCUGAGGACCGCUUCCUUCUGCAGCACAUGGCCGACCAGGAAAUCGGCCACGCCACUGUCAUCACGAACAUGCUUGGCGCCGAGGCCCCUCGCCAGUGCACUUACAACUACCCCGUCUCCAACCUCCGCGAGUACAUCGACUUCAACCAGAAGCUGACCCGCUGGGGUGAGGCUGGCGUGUACGGCUUCCUCCCCCACCUCAACUCCGGCCCCGCCGCCCAGCUCCUGCUGCAGAGCAUCACGGUCGAGGCCCGCCAGCAGAUGGUCUUCCGCCAGUUUGAGGGCUUGUUCCCCAUGCCUGAGUGGCACACCGUCGGCAUCCCCCAGAGCUGGGCCUGGACUCUGCUGGCCCCCUACAUCUCCAGCUGCCCCUGGAACCAGACCCGUCUGAUCUGGCAGAACUUCCCCGCCCUGCACGUCCUGAACCAGCCCAACCCCUACCGCAUCAACGGCUCCAGCGCCUGGAACGAGACCACCGGCGGCUGGGCCAACACCGCUGCCACGGGCGAAAUCAGCGACGAGGACUCGUGCGUCAACGCCACGGACCCCGCGCAGGACUGCAAGGCCGCCAUCUCCCAGAACCGCACCAUCCCUCUGUCUUACCCUGGUCGCCAGGUCUUUUUGCAGUGGGAUGCUCCCGGCCAGGCCGUCGGCCCUAACAACAGCUACAUCACCUCGACCAACGUCCAGGAGCCCAAGUUCGCCGCCUGGGUUUCUCAGCUGAACGUCACCUACUCUCCUCUUCAGGACGUCAACCUGGAGAACCGCACCGCGUACACCAUCCAGCCCAACGUGUCGACUUGGGAGUACGACCCCGCCAUCAACUCCACCAUGUUCCUUGCCCUGACCGACGCUGACAUCUACGUCACGCCUUUCAACCUGACGCAGAUCAACCCUCACGUUGCUGCUCUGGCCAUGUACCAGGCUGGCUAA